AUGCAUGUGUUUGUGAAUUUGCGAGCGUUGGUCAGGUUUUUGUGAUAAUGGUUCGCUAAUUUUAUAAAACUACAUACUUCGGCCAUAAUUAUUUUGUUGGCUGUCGACGGUGGCGUUAUUUAUUAUGGGUUCGAAGAAACACAAGAAACAUAAAUCGGAAAAACGGGAGCGUUAUGAAGAGAAGCAGUUUGGAGUUGACAAGCCCGCACUGAAAUUGAUCCUAAAGGUUAAUAACGCAUCAACACCUGAACAUAGCAAUGAUGCUUCUGGCCCGGCUCUUGCUGUACCACAAACUUUAGGACAUGCUGGCCCUGGUAUGGGAUCUGUACCUGCAGAUGAAGAAUCUCGACAUUCAGCAGCAUCUGUACAAAUAAAGGAAGAGUCCUACAUUGAAAAACAACAUAAGAAAGCAAAAAAGAAAAAGAAGAAGAAGGAAAAGGACAAAGACAGGGAGAAGCAUGAGAAAAAACAUAAACAUCACCAUAAGGAGAAACGUAAAAGACCCCGUGAUGAGUCUAGUCAAGAGGAUGUCAGUAUGGGUGAGGAGUCUCUUUCAGAACCUCCAUCAAAUAAGAGGACAUUAUUGGAAGGCAAUGUACCUAUUCCAAAAUCCAUUGGCGAAGUUCAACAUUCAGGUCAGGGGUUGGGAAGUGAGCAAUCUGGACAAGUUAGGAUACAGACACCUGCUGUGUCCCGGGAACCCAGAUCUUGCGUUCUGCGACAGAGGCAGGAGAGAAGUGCAUUACAGAAGUUACUCGAUUAUCUGCUUAAAGGCCUUGAGAAGAGAGAUCCUCAACAGUUUUUUGCAUGGCCUGUCACAGAUCAUAUUGCUCCUGGUUAUUCCCAGAUAAUUCAGAAUCCAAUGGAUUUCAGUUCAAUGAAACAGAAAAUAGAUGACAAUCUAUACUCUACACUUCAUGAGUUCAUCGAGGACUUCAAACUAAUGUGCAAUAAUGCUAUGGUUUACAACCACCCAGAUACUAUAUAUUAUAAAGCUGCAAAAAAAUUAUUGCAUGUUGGUGUAAAAAUGAUGAGCCCUGAUAAGUUAAAGCCUCUUAGAAGUGUCCUGGUUUAUAUGUCGGAGCUGUCUCGAGAAGAACUUGGUUUUGAUCUGGGCUUUGAUGAAUCUUCUAUAUCUGCAUGUGCCCAAAAUACAACAUUAGAAAGCACUGAAAAUGGAAUUUGUGUGAAUGAUGAUGACUCAGAUGCCAGUAAAGAAAAUAAACGUAAAAUGAAGGAAAAUAACAGGCCAUUGAACAAAUUUGAAGCAAUUCCAGAUGAUAUGACACCUGAAGAAAUUCUGGAACAAGCGCAGAAGGCAGCCCAGGCCGCUGCUGAUAGGCUGUCAAUGAAACGAGUAAAUACAAAAAUGGGCUUCUUAAGACAGAACAAGGAUGGUAGUACUUCUCUCGCCAUCCUGGUUCCAAAUGAUGGCAUAGCUCCAGGCACAAAUGAACGCCCAAUUUCAUUGGGCAUGCUGUCAGGGAAAUUAUCACAUGGCACAGGACAGCUUCAAGGAUUUAGAGAAGAUCGACGUAACAUAGCUAAAGGAGUUAAACCUUUGUAUUAUGGAGCUUUCGGAUCAUACGCACCAUCUUACGAUUCUACUUUUGCUAAUUUGACAAAAGAAGAGACAGAACUUAUUUACCAAACAUAUGGAGAUGAAACUGCAGUGCAGUAUGCAGAGAGCAUUUUGGAUUUUGCUAAGGAUAACGAUUAUACCCUCACAAUGGUAGACAAUCUACUGGACCUUUUGACUAGUGGGGAACAUAGCAAAACAAAAAAGAUUUUGGAGGAAAGGCGAAAGUUACGCGAAGAGGAGGAAAAAAUAAAACAGAUGUUAGAAGGCAAAGGAAAUUAUUCCAACGUAGUAAAUAAUGAAAAUGUGCCGCCUUUAAAGGAGAAAAAAGUGGAUAUGAACCAGCUUAAGACAAUAAAGGAUUUUGGUUUAGACACUUGUUUUCUUGACGUAUUAGAGAAGUCAUUUUAUCCCAGUGAGCAAAAAGCCGGUGAUGAAGCAAUGCAGUCCCAGUUAGAACAAACUUCAUCUCUCAUUCAGAAGCUCCAACAAGUUCAGAAUGACAGGUUGAGUCUUCCUCCACCUAUGCAUUUAUCACAAGUACCACAUGCUUCAGAUGGAGAAGUUCAUCUAGCGGAUAGAAUAACAGAAAGUCUUAAGGAUAUGGCUAAAAAGUUGCCACCUGCUUCAGUUGCUCCCGUUCCAUCUAUAAGGAAGGCGAUGGGAAUUUUGCCAAGUGAAAUUGUUCCUCCAAACAUAAACUUUGAAAAGUUACCUAUGGCUGUCAGAAGUCAGCAGGCAGUGAAUCAGACCAGUGCAGUUAUGAUGGACGUUGAUAAUGUUGUACAGAGUGCAUUAACCCAAACAAGUGGCAGUGAGAUGCCAGUAAUACUUAGUGAACCCUUAGCAAGUGGACAUGUAAUAGACGUUGGUGUGGAAGGCACUUCAUCACAUGCAGAGCAUAAUGAAGCAUCUGUCAGCCUUGUGCCAGAUUUAGAAUCAGAACUGAGGGAAUUUUUAGAAAGUGAACCUGCCCUUAGUAACUCUCCCCUUCAUGACGACAAAACAAUAGAAGAGAUUCUUUCAGAAUCAUGAUAUAAUGCUCUCCCGUGGGAUAUUUUUGAUGACAGCUUACAAUUUGAUGAUAAGAAUGUCAUUUGAAUUCCAUAUAUUUUAUAAAUUACACUUUAUUUAAAAUAUGACAGAUUUGUUGUUUAUAGUAUAUGUGAUACAUACAUCAAGUUUUAUGAUUUUAGAUAAUUUAUUUUAACUGUAAAACUCAAUUCUAAGUUGAGUUUGUUGUAAAAUAUUAUAACACUUAACAGACUGUUUAUAUAUACAAAAAUCCUUAUUUUUUACAUUGUAAUGGAAAGUCUUAACAUAAAAGCCAAAUGUCAGUACUUACUCAAUGUUUGUUACAAACUGUGUCAGGCAUUGAAAAAAACUGUGAUAUCCAAUAGAAUGAAGUGUCAGUGCUGUUAAAUCUUUUUGGAAUAAUUAUUGGGGGAGAAUGAUGGCCCACUGUAAGUAUGGUACACUUGAAAGAAUCAAAUGUUAAGUUCCUGUAAGAGGACAGGAAUAUGGUGCUUGGUGUUAUCCUUAACUUCAUGUAAAAAAAAUCAUUAUUGAAUUAGACCCAAUGCUAAUGCUCCCACCAAAUGCGCUGUUGUACAUGUUGUUAAUGUGUAAAUACAUUUAAGGUAUCAUAGUAAUGGGGAAAGUUAAAUUGUACUACAAUAAUGGCUGUCGCCUGAAAUGUCCUAUUCUCCAGUCUCCAAACCCCAUAUGUCGGCAACUAUAGACAUUAACUUCCAUCUGCUGUGAUGAAGAGCUUCCCCAUUAUAAAAUAUUUUAUUGUUAUUCAACAAUAUUUUUGUAUAAUCACAGCUUCUCAUAGUGAAGGCAGUAUGCCAGUCAGUCACAUAUAUAACCCAUCACCCCCCCCCCC